CACAGAGAGUCGAGCCACCGCUCACGCGCAGCACUGCGGAUACCGUGAGCUCCGACACGGGUGGUGGAUUUCGGUCAGUCUCAGAGCCGUUCAGCGGUCAACAUGGCUCUCUACGACUAUGUCACCCAAGAGCAACUAUCAGGUUUUGAUCAAUAUAAGUACAGUGCAGUGGACUCCAACCCCCUCUCGAUCUACGUCAUGCACCCUUUCUGGAACUCAGUGGUAAAGGUUUUGCCUACAUGGAUUGCCCCAAACCUCAUCACCUUUACAGGGUUCAUGUUCCUGGUACUAACCUUCACCUUGCUGUCUUUCUUUGACUUUAACUUUGAUGCCUCAGGUAAUGACCUUACACAUGUGCCAAGUUGGGUCUGGGUAGCUGCUGGCUUGUUCAACUUCCUGGCCUAUACCUUAGAUGGUGUGGACGGAAAACAGGCCCGCAGAACAAACUCCAGCACGCCGCUGGGUGAACUAUUUGACCACGGCCUGGACAGCUGGGCAUGUGUGUUCUUCGUCGCUACAGUGUACUCUGUCUUUGGACGGGGUGAGACGGGCGUCAGCGUGGUGACGCUGUAUUAUCUAUUAUGGGUUGUCCUGUUUUCCUUCAUACUGUCUCACUGGGAGAAGUACAACACUGGAAUUCUGUUCCUGCCCUGGGGCUACGACAUCAGUCAAGUGACUAUCUCCGUUGUAUACUUUGUAACAGCGCUGGUUGGUGUGGAAGCAUGGACCAACCCUGUUAUUUGGAAUAUUCGUUACAGAGAUUUCUUCACUUUUAUGAUUGUUGGUUGUUUAUUUGUGGUAACAUUGCCUAUGAGUCUCUACAAUGUCUUCAAGGCAUACCGGAAAAACACCCUGAAGCACAGUUCGGUGUAUGAGGCCUUGUUGCCGUUUUUCUCUCCCGUCCUCUUGUUUGUGCUGUCUACGCUGUGGAUCAGUCUUUCUCCCUCAGACAUUUUGAAGCAGCAACCCAGAGUCUUUUAUCUUAUGGUGGGAACAGCCUUCUCCAACAUUACUUGCAAGCUCAUUGUCUGCCAGAUGAGCAAUACUCGAUGCAAGCCAUUGAGUUUGUUGUUGUUGCCGAUGACAGCAGUGGUGUUGCUAGUGAUAUCUGGGACUGUGCAGGAUGGUGAAACGGCUGUCCUGUACAUUUGGACUGCUGUAGUCCUCCUCACUCACAUACACUAUGGAGUAUCAGUGGUGAAGCAGCUGAGUGAUCAUUUUAACAUAUAUGCUUUCUCACUGAAGAAGCCCAAUUCGGACUGACAGGACGAGGAGAAAAUCGGCCUGAAGGCUGCUGAGUUCUAAGCAAUCUCAGCAUGCUCUUCAGCUAGCCGACUCUCACCAAUCACCAAGAAGACAGCUAACGCCAGGAAACCAAAUUGUACUGACCAAACACGCCGCCUUAUUCGGAGGAUGCUGCUCAAUCGACAAGAGGGUGGAGCUUCACCACAGGGCCCACUGAUCCCUGAGGCAGAGCUGCACCACGGGGCUCAUCGAGCCCUCACACAGAGCUGCACCACGGGGCCCACUGUGCCCAGCGGUGGAGCUGCGCCAUGGAACAUAUUGGGUUCAGACACACAAUUACACAAUGGCACUCAGAAAUGCAGCUCUACAACAGGACCCACUGAGCCCAGGACCUACAGUGCCUCGACAUGCAGCUGGGUAACAGAGCUCAUUCCUCGCAGAAAGAACUGUAUUGUGUUGCUCGCUCUGAGCGGAGACAGUUUGGUUGUGUGGUAUCUGUGAAGCUGGGGAUUUCGCUUGUUUCCUAAGGAAAUGUGCUUUUCAGCUGAGAUACUAGGAGCCUUGAAUGGUUAAUCUCACUUAUACGCUCUCUGUCAGAUGAGUCACACUCACUCCCAACACGCUCCAUCACAUGUUGCAAACCACAUGAUGAUGGACACACACAUAGGAAGUGAUGAAUGUCUUUAGCUUAUUCGAUUUGAAGAUUUUAUUAACAUUUAAUUUUGGCCUCAACUGCUCAAUCGGGGGGUCGGAGGGUGUCAUGAAAGGAAAAAGAGGCAUUACUGAAUUACGUUUCUAAACUAGACAGUAUAAGAAGACUGGGAAAACUAAUUUUCUAAUUAAUUAAUUUUUUCUAAUUAAUUUGUCUAAUUUUCCGUUACUAUGAAGCUUAUUUAUAUGUAGGAGGGAACAGGGAUGUUAAUUGCUUAGCUAAAACUAUGGUGCUUUUGCCGAAUUGUAAUAAUGACAUAAGAAAAAAUUUAAACCACCUCAAAGAUGACUUGUUUUGACUCCAUGACAGUGAACACAAGCAUCUAGUUUAUUUAUAAUAUUACACACAGCUCAAACCACCACCUCAUCUGACCAUUUGAACCUAUAUAACUACUCUAUUUUUUUUUUGUCUCCUUUUUACAUUGGUGAUGGUGUGUCUGCAUGCCGAUUUUCACAUUUUUCAGUUCUCUUUUUGUUUUGCUCCACUAGUAAGCUUUUAUUGAGUUUAUUUGUGCUUGAAUGAAGAGUGCGCUUCAAACCCUGACCAGGAGAGGGUGCACUUGGAGUCAGCGAGUCAAACCUCGCUCCGUUCUUUAAACACGAUAAAAGCACUAGUCUGUGCCACUAAGUUCAACAUGUCUGUUAUACCUGCAAACAACAGGUGUCAUGGCCUGCGUCAAGCUCAUUCCAGCAUGUAGUCUUUUUAUUUCUCUCAUUUUCCUUUACUUUGUCUAUUUACAUAUUUUGUUUGGUGGACUGAGGACUUGUAUGAUGGUUAUAGGAUUUUUUUUUUUUUACUUUCACUGGGUGUCUGUGUCCAGAAGUGUGCAUGAGCUGAAUGUAUUGUGUGUGUGUAUGUAUAUGUGCAUAUAUAUAUAUAUAUAUAUAUAUGUGUGUGUGUGUGUGUGUGUAUUUGGGUGAGUGCCUGUUUGUAUGUGCAUAUGUACUGUAAGUAUAUAUCUGUGUAUGUGGUUUACAUACUCUCACUCUGGAAACCUCAUGCCUCCAUUAUGUUCUGGUUCUAUGAGAUGAGAGCCGGAAACGGAUCGAUCGAUGUUUAAACAUGUAUAGACUGUCCAUGUUGUUAUAACAUUGUAUUGUCUUUCAUUUUUUUAACAUCAAUAAUACAAUGAGAUACAUAUUUCUUAUCAUAAAGACACCUACCAUUUCACAUGAAUCAAGAAAUGACAUGGAUAACGUAUAUAAUUGAAUUUGUUAUAUCCAAAGUUAAUUCUGUAUUUACUGUAAUGUCAAUAUCUAAAUACUGUCCAAUACAAUUUUGCAAUAUAUUAUUUGUUAAAGAACAUUACGAUGACACUCAUUCUAUGACACUCCUGCAGUAUUUAGAUCAGAAAGCUUUUUUUUUAGCCAGCAGAUGGCGUUUUUUCUUUGCAUGUGAUAGAACUUUGACAUUCUUUGCAUGGAGUCUGUUCCUCUGAGGAUUAAAUUUACUUUACAAAUUGGCACAUUUCAAGUUAUUAGUGCACAUACCGUUAGGCUACUAUCAGAGUGGCUGCUUGAUGCAUUAAUUUUGUUUGUUACUAUUAUCGAUUUUAAACUGUAAGCAUCCCUUUUAAACGUGAUUGUUUUUAAUACAGGUGGAAGGAUAACUGCUGUAUAACUGCAUUUGUGUGAUGCUUUCAAGAACAAGCAGUUGUAUACCUCUUCUUUUUAAUCUAAAGUGGGAUAAAAAAAAACUGAAACCUCUGCAUAUUGUAAAACAAAAUCCAGCCAUAUUGUAACAUUAUCUUGUUGUGCUGCCCCAUUAAAUGUAAGUGUAUCCACAGUA